AUUAAACGCUUCUAUGCGGCAUGUCAUACAAAGCUGCCAAGCGACAAUCCGAUCCGCGCUAAUCGAGCGGUGAUGAGCUCCCUACGCCAGCGUAAGGGCAAGAACAUGUCCGCGUUGGACACGCAGGACGUAGUCGACGGGCCAGUUAGUACCUCCCCAGGCUCGCAGCGCUCGAGUCCGCGACCCGAGAGCUGGUCGUACAACACUUUCCGCGCCACGCACGGCAGUGAAGUGGAGGGAUUGUUGUUGUUCCCGGAGCAGCCGCGCCAGAUCUUCGUGCUUCUCCUCGUAGUAGCGGGUUUCUCGUACUAUUCGUUUACUCAUGACUCGCAGGAUCCCGUGCAGAACGUGCGCAACGCGUUGUUUGCCGCCAUUUUGAUCUUCCUGGUCUACUGCUUCCUACAAACAAGGGACGGACUCAUGAUGCGCCCCCAUCCAGGCGUAUGGCGUGUAGUACAUGGCUGCUCAGUCGUGUAUUUACUGCUGCUGGCCGCCAUGCUCGUACAGAACCGAAAGAGCGCUAUGACAGGAAUGCAGUACUUGUUCCCCGAAGUCGGUAGUCGUCCCAAAACAACAAUCCCAGCGCAGCUGCAGUGCGAAAUUAACCCAGAGUCCCUGACGCGCGGAGUCACGAGUAUCUGGUUUCUAGCGCAUGUUACGGGCUGGUGGGGCAAGAUGUGUAUGUUCCGUGACUGGCGACUCUGCUGGGUGCUUAGUAUCGCCUUUGAAAUCUUGGAACUCGCACUGCAAUUCGUCAUCCCGGACUUCCAGGAGUGUUGGUGGGACUCUCUUCUCCUGGACUUGCUAGGUGCCAACAUGCUGGGGAUGUGUCUUGGUCGUGUGACGCUGUGGCUGCUGGAAUCAAAGGUGUACGAUUGGUCCGGUCGUCGAGGCAAGAAGAUGGGAUACUUCCGCUUGGCACUUAACCAGUUCACGCCUUUCAGUUGGGAACAGUAUCACUGGGAAGUCUUCUCCAGCUUCAAGCGCUUCGCAGAAAUCUUUUUUGCUAUAGUGAUAUGUCUGCUUACGGAGCUGAACGCCUUCUUCAUGCUAACUACGCUUAGCAUCCCGAAGGAGAGCAAUUUCAACUCAUAUCGUCUACUUCUCGUGUUCCUACUUGGAAUUCCCGCUGCUGCUGAGUAUUACGAGUUCAUUACCAAUCCCGAAUGUUGGCGUUUGGGUCAGAAUUCGUGGAUGAUUUUGUCGAUCGCUACGUUUGAGGUGUUGGUGUGGGUCAAGUUCUCGGCUAAUGGGGUGCUGUUCACGCAGCCACCACCGCCUAUGGUGUUGUACCCGAUCUUAGCUUUCGUGGUCAUGUUCUCGAUCUGGAUGGUGCUCUUCUUCCGUAGUGAUCCGCAACCUACCUCUCGACGUGCACGCGGACGGGUCACCGGUUGGGGAUAUCUUGACGUGCUGUUCUGGGCUUCAUUCACUCCACUGAUUUUCCUUUCGUCACAGUGGGCAUUUUAACAACGGCGUACACUGGGUGAAGAGCUGACCAAGCGAGAAAAGGCAGAGUUUUGAGUUAGAUAGACGGUAAUACAAACCUACGGGUAAGAUUAAACAGGUUUUGCCAACCACUUGACACUU